AUGCCCGCAGAGGCCAUUGCUAUGGACCCGGAGCAGCGGUUGCUUCUCGAGUUAACAUACGAGGCGCUCGAGGAUGCCGGGGUCCCCGUAGAAGCCAUUGCGGCAUCUUCAGCAGCUUGCUUCAUUAGCAACUUCACGCAUAACUAUAAGUUCCAAACAUUUCGUGAUCUAAGCCAUAUGCCCCAGUACACGGUGACGGGCAUGGCCCGGGCUAUGCUGUCCAACCGUAUAAGUUGGUUCUAUAACCUCCGGGGACCUUCAGUCACACUGGAUACGGCAUGCUCGAGCUCUCUGGUGGCCCUGCAUCUCACCUGCGACACCAUUCGCUCCAAGUCCAACGACACAACGUGCGCGCUCGUUGGCGGAAGCAGCCUGAUACUAGGCCCGGAAUAUAUGAGCAUGUUAAGUGCGCUCCACCUUCUGAGCCCAGACAGUCGAUGCUUUUCCUUUGAUUCCCGAGCCAACGGCUAUGCCUGCGGCGAAGGAGUUGGCAUGCUGGUGAUUAAGCGCGCCAAGGAUGCCAUUCUGGACGGAGACACGAUACGUGCAGUUAUCCGGGCGACGGGCUCUAACCAAGAUGGAAAGACGCCUGGCAUCACCGUCCCCAGCGUGGAGGCCCAGAGCAGCCUCAUGCAACGAACAUACACCACGUUCGGGCUUGAUCCUGCGCUCACGGCUCUGUUCGAGCUGCACGGGACCGGUACUCCCGUCGGGGAUCCCAUCGAAAUAGAAGCCACGUCACUGGCCCUUGGGUCUGCGGCUCGCACCGGAUCUCCCCUAUUCUAUGGUUCUGUCAAGACCAACAUUGGACGCCUGGAAGGGUCGGCCGGCAUCGCAGGCGUCAUCAAGUGUGUCCUGGCCAUGGAAAGCGGACUAAUAUUCCCAAAUCUCAUCCUCGAGACGCUUAACCCGCGGCUGCGCUUGCACGAAUGGAACAUGUCGGUUCCGAGAAGCCUAAUAGCAUGGCCGCCGGGGCCGGUCCGGCGCUGCUCCAUCAAUUUGUUUGGUAUCGGGGGGAGCAACGCAUACGCCGUGCUCGACGACGCCGAAGGCUACUUGCAACAACACGGCCUCGUUUCCACCCAAUGCGGGUCGGCUGAGACUGGCAGUUUCCGGCUGUACGUGGUGUCUGCGCCCGAGAAAGCCGCAGUGCAGCGUGACUGUGCCUCUCUGGCAGACCGCCUCGCUGGGGGCAAAGAGGCUCCGCUGGCCGACCUCGCCUUCACGCUGGGCGUGAGACGAUCGCUGUUCCCAUGGCGCCACACCAUGGCUGCGAGCAGCAUCGAGGACCUGAUUCGACAGUGUAUGCAGCCCAACAUUCAGCCCGGGGCGCAGUGGUACGCUAUGAGCCGGGAGCUCCUCGAGCACGACGUGUUCCGCGAGUCGGUCGAGUCGAGCUCGGCUAUCCUGAAGGAGCUCGGGGCUACGUGGGAUGCCUAG